AUGGCUUUGAUGGAGGAGGAAGGGGCGGUGUUUAUGCCGGAAGGUGGGGAUGGGGUAGUAGAGGGUGAUGGGGAUGAGGAGGAAGAGACUUGGAGGAUUGUUGGGCGGUUUUUGACACAGAAGAUGGUAAAAUUGGACUUUAUGAGGCAGGUUCUGGCAUCUGUGUGGCAGCCGGUACGUGGAGUACAGGUAACGGAGAUUCAAAGGGGUUUAUUCUUGUUUGUGUUUUUCCAUAAGACGGAUGUGGAAUAUGUGCUGAAUGGAGGACCCUGGGCCUUUGAGAAUAAUGCUUUGGUGUGUCGGGAGGUGUUAGAUGGGGUGAAUCCUGUGGAUGUGGAGCUGGAUAUGAUUGACAUGUGGGUACAGUUGCAUGACAUGCCAAAGGGAUACACGUCGCAUGCAAUUCUGGAGCAGGCAGGAAAUUUUUUGGGCUCUUUUGUUAAACAUGAUGACCGGUUUGAGGGGGCGCCAUGGCUAACGUUUCACCGUAUUAGGGUGUCAAUUUCGGUUGAUAGGCCGCUUAGGAGGAGGAUGAGGUUGAUGAAGAGAGAUGGGACUACAGCAUGGGUAAAUUUUAGAUAUGAACGGUUGCAUAAGUUUUGCUAUUUUUGUGGCUGUAUGGGUCACUUGCAUACGUUCUGCAUACACGCUAGGGAGGCUGGAAUUCCGGUCGAGAGGUACCUGUACGGUCCGGAUUUGCGAGCUGGUGGAUCCCGGAGCGCUCCUAGAGCGGUUGGGGAUAGCUGGCUUGUUCCGGUAGGCGGGAAACCACGACCACUGGGAGUCAAGCCACGUGUGGUGGAUGGGGGACAGGGAAGCGGGGGUGUCACACCCACAAGUAUGUCUGAGGAUGAGGUGGUGGUGGCUACGGCAAAGCGUCGUAGGCAUGGAACGGAGGGGGGAGAGGAUGAUGGAAACGAUGAGAUUGUGGGCCUUGCGUCCAGUAAGAAGCCUGAUUUUGUGUUCUUGAUGGAGACCAAGGUACCACGGAUACAUGCAGAACGGAUCCGGGUUACGCUUGGUUAUGAAGGUUUGUUUUAUGUUGAUAACGAUGCUUUGAGUGGUGGAAUGACGCUUUUAUGGAAAAAGAAUAAUACGGUGAGGCUGUUAAGCUACUCACAGAGUCAUAUUGAUGUGGAGGUAAGCUUGUUUAAUAAGAUAUGGCGCAUGACAUGCAUUUAUGGUAUCCCCGAACGUAGCAGGCGGGAGGAGACAUGGGAUUUACUUGGUACUCUCAAGACUAGAUCCUUGUUGCCCUGGGUGGUGAUAGGGGAUUUUAAUAAUCUACUAUACCAGCAUGAGAAGAAGGGGGGAAAUCCGUAUCCUAAUAGUUUGUUAAGGGGUUUCGGAGAUGCUGUGGAUGACUGUGGUUUGGUGCAAAUGCCAAUGAGGGGCCAUCAGUAUACGUGGCAGAAGGGAAAGGGAACGCCGAAUUGGAUAGAGGAAAGAUUGGACAAGGCAUUAAUAACGAAUGAUUGGGGUCUACUUAAUGAGAAUGCAUGCCUGGAGAAUAUUCGAACCCGGGCCUCGGAUCAUUCGAUCCUAUUCCUCAGUAUUAAUGCGUUUUGCAUGCCGAGGAGAAGGGGGUCGCGGAAGUUCAGAUUUGAAAUGGCUUGGCUAUUAGAUGAGGGGUGCAAGGAAGUAGUACAAACGGCCUGGCAAGAAGGGAGAACGGAGGGAUUGCUGCAUUGCCAGCAGUUGUGUGGAGAAAAGUUGAUGCAGUGGGGUGGAGAUCAGUUUCAUAGAUUCGGAAAACGAAUUAACCACCUGCAGCGGAGACAAGAUGCCAUACGGAAUAGACAAGAUAUGGUAGCGUUAGUUGAGUACCAACAGAUUGAGAAUACCAUGAGACGAGUAGAGGCCCAGGAGGAUGUGAAAAAAAUUUUUAUUUCUACUAUUAAAUGUGAUGCUGGUAACUGGGUGGAGGGGGAUUAUAUGCAUGCUGCUAUACAGAAUUACUUUGAAAAUAUUUUUGCCUCUAAUGGAUUGAGUUGUGAUGAUCCACUGUUUGGAGUCCUAACCCCACGAGUAACGUUAGAGCAAAAUAUGAUGCUAGACCGCCCUUUUGAGACUAAUGAGGUUAAAGAGGCUCUUUUUUCAAUGUAUCCGGAUAAGGCACCGGGUCCGGAUGGUUUAAACCCGGGUUUCUACCAGCAGUUUUGGGAGAUAGUGGGAGGACAUGUAUCUGGCUUUAUAAUGAAUGCUUUGAAUUCCUGUGUAUUCCCUGAGGGAUUGAAUGAUACUAACAUUGUCUUGGUACCGAAGAAGGAGAUGCAUGAGAUAGUUGCAGAUCUAAGGCCGAUAGCAUUGAGUAAUGUCGUUUACAGGAUUAUGGCCAAAAUGAUAGCGAAUAGAAUGAAAACACUGAUGGGAGGAUUGAUAUCAGAAUCCCAGAGUGCUUUUAUCCCGGGAAGGCUAAUCACUGACAACAUCCUGGUGGCAGCAGAGGUGGGGCAUUAUCUGAAUAGAAAGCAAUGUGGUGUAGUGGGGUGGAGUGCAUUGAAGUUAGAUAUGUCGAAUGCCUAUGAUAGAAUGGAGUGGAGCUUUCUAGAAAGGAUGCUGACUGUUAUGGGUUUUAGUGAGAAGUGGAUAAAACUCAUUAUAAUGUGUGUAACGACUGUUAAUUAUACUGUAAUGGUUAAUGGUAUAGCAGGGGGCAUGUAA